AUGGAGCUUGGAGACGCAGCAACUAUCCUCCUGGCAGCCUGCGCUGCCUGCCUCAUGGUCUUCUGGGAGUGGAAACGGAGGCAACGAACAAGCAAACUCCCCCCAGGACCAACAUUUCUUGAACUCCUUGGCUACCUGCUGCAGGCCUGGAACAAGGGCAUGCUUGAAAUACUGUGGAAGGUGAGAGAGAAGUACGGCCCCGUGUUCAUGGUGAAUCUUGGCCCGCGGCAGUUCAUAUUUUUCUGUGACUCCGACUCCGUGAGGGAAGCCCUGGUGGACCAAGGAGAAGAGUUCAGUGGGAGAGCGAGAAUGGAGUCAGUGGACAGAUUCUUCCAUGGUCACGGUGUCGUCAUGGCUAACGGGGAACGGUGGAAGCAGCUCCGGCGAUUCUCCGCUUCAACCCUAAGGAAUUUUGGGAUGGGGAAAAAAAGCAUUGAGGAGCGGAUCCAGGAAGAAUCUCAGUACCUGGUAGAGGAGAUGGGGAAAACAAAAGGUUCUCCCUUCGACCCCAGCCUCGCCAUCACACACUCGAUUGCCAACGUCAUCUGCUCCAUUGUCUUUGGGAGCCGCUUCGACUACAAGGACCAGAACUUCCUGAACUUGAUGGGCAGCAUCAACAACUUAUUCUUGGAUAUGAGCAAGAUCUCAACUCUGUUCUAUGAGAUGUUUCCGAGGAUCAUGCAAUACAUACCCGGCCCACACAAUCGGGCUCAUAACCACGAUUUCAUUGUGGAAAGGGUGAGGAUAAACCAGCAGAGCCUGGACCCCAGCUGCCCUCGGGACUUCAUUGACUCCUUCCUCAUCAGGAUGGAAGAGGAAAAGCAAAACCCACAGAGUGAAUUCAGCACCAGAAACCUGGUGGACACAGCAAUCCAGUUAUUCUUUGGAGGGACGGAGACAACGAGCUCCACCUUGAGAUUCGGACUCCUGCUCUUGAUGAAAUACCCAGAGGUCCAAGACAAGGUGCAUGAGGAAAUCGACCGCGUCAUAGGGCGGACCCACAGCCCAGCCAUGAACGACCGAGGCCGGAUGCCGUACACCAACGCCGUGAUCCACGAGAUCCAGAGACUGGCUAACAUCCUUCCAUUUGGGGUCCCCCACAAAGUGACCUGCGACACCCGCUUCCGGGGGUACCUUCUCCCCAAGGUGCUGGACAAGAGAA